AAAAAAAGUCCCGUGCUGAGUGAAUUUCUUGGGAGGAAAGAAAUAAGCUGCGGAAGGCUUUUGUCAUUCGUAGCUCGAGCUCGAAAAGUACAUUUGAAGACUGACACAGAGAAGUAGAAGAAGCAAGAAGAAUCGAAACGAGGAUCAGGCGACAGUAUGAGCAGCAUAGGAACAGGGUAUGAUCUUUCAGUGACUACAUUCUCCCCCGAUGGCCGCGUCUUCCAGAUCGAGUACGCCGCCAAAGCAGUCGACAACAGCGGGACUGUGAUUGGCAUCAAAUGCAAAGAUGGGAUUGUAAUGGGUGUGGAGAAACUAAUAGCUUCGAAGAUGAUGCUACCUGGUUCCAAUCGAAGAAUUCAUUCUGUUCAUCGCCACUCGGGCAUGGCUGUGGCAGGACUGGCAGCAGAUGGGAGGCAAAUUGUUGCCCGUGCCAAAUCUGAAGCUACUAAUUACGAAAGUGUAUAUGGUGAACCAAUUCCUGUCAAGGAGCUUGCUGAUCGUGUAGCUAGUUAUGUUCAUCUGUGUACACUCUAUUGGUGGCUAAGACCUUUUGGAUGCGGAGUUAUUCUUGGUGGCUAUGACAGAGAUGGACCACAACUUUACAUGGUUGAACCCUCCGGUAUUUCAUAUAGGUACUUCGGUGCUGCAAUUGGAAAGGGCAGGCAGGCAGCUAAAACAGAGAUCGAAAAGUUGAGGCUUUCAGACUUGACUUGCCGUCAAGGGGUUAUUGAAGUUGCCAAAAUCAUUUAUGGAGUACAUGAUGAGGCGAAGGACAAGGACUUCGAAUUGGAAAUGAGCUGGGUCUGUGAUGAGUCAAACCGUCAGCAUCAGAAGGUUCCAGAGGAGCUUCUCCAUGAAGCUAAGGCAGCGGCUAAAGCAGCUCUGGAAGAAAUGGAUGCUGAUUAGAGGAGCCAUCCCUCUUGUUAUUUUUGUCUUGUUUUAGUGGCUCCACUUCAGUUUGUAAUUGGAUCGUUCCAUAACAUCCCACAAAUUAAGACAUGGAUAGAAUGAUUUUUUUUUUUCCUUAUAAUCCGUUAAUAUUUAUUGCUGCUACUGUAAUUUAGAUAAAUGGUCAGUUUCAUAUCUAUUGACAGGAGCAAAAGUUAGUUACUAACCGGUAUCCUGUCAGUAGCUUCUGGGAGUAGCUUUGAAUAUGAUGGUGAUUUCAUUUGAAAAUCAAGACCAGAAUGGACAUCGAGAAAGAGGAAAGCACAAAGAAAAGAAGACAUGAGAAGAGAGAGCACAUCAAACGAAAUCUGUUUACUGCCCCCCGCCACCAAAAACAAAAAAUUGAAUCACCCUCUUGCUCCAAUCUGAAUGGCUCAACUGCAUACUGGCAAGAACUAACAACUAUUGUUGUACACUGUACUCUUUGCAUGAUAGAAAUGGCUCAAUGAGGUUGAUCUUUGAAAGUUUGGUAA